AUGAAGUCGGAUUUCGAUAGUCCAGUCGAAAACGACCCUCAUCGAUAACAUUUGACUGACAAAGCUCUUACAUCUGUGAUUCAUGGUGCUCUCGAAGAGGAGGAAAGUCCCGAUUCAAAGGCGUGGCACUCAUCGAAACUAAGAGAUAUUGAGGAUCUCGAAGGUCCAGAUCCAGCUGAAACACUUACCAAGAGACUGAGGAAAGUCAAAAUAAACGUGGCAAUGGAAUUCGCUGAUUCAUCAGACCCUCCAGUGCUAUGGGAAAAUGUCAAUGGACGCCUUGAGGAUAGUGCAUCAAAGAGCGUUUUGGAGUAG